AUGGUGGCUAAGAACAGCAAGAAGAGAAAGAGUACUCCCAGGAAGGAAGUGGCUCCCAAGAAGAAGGUAGUUGCUCGUCCUGACAGUGAUGAAGAAGAAGUCGAGCAAGAAAAGCCCAAGAGCAAACGUCCAGUAGCUAAGAAACAAGCUAAGAAACAAAAAGAAGUUUCCUCCUCUUCUGAUGACAGUGGCAGUGACUCGCAAGAAGAGUCUUCUGUGAGUGGAGAUGAGCCAAAGAGCAUUAAGGCUGAUGACAGUGGGAGUGAAGAAGAAGAUACUAGCCCAAAAGAGUUUACGGAUGAAAAUGCGAAAUGGUUGAAACCCAAAAAGAAAAAGGAGCAGCUCUUGUCCUCUGACGAUGACGAUGAGGAAGAUGACAAAGAGCAAGACGACGACGACAGUGACGACGAACUACUAGAAGUGGAACGCCAAGCGCAACAACUGGACGAGGAACUCUUGGCAGAACAAGAAGAAGCAGCGGCCGAACUCCAACGGACCAUUGAUCACGACACGCAAGUCUACCAGUUGCCCACAGCCGAUGAAUGGGAUACGGAAGCCACCGAUCGGCUCGUGGCACCCUCCGAGUUACAGUCGCACAUUACCCAAAUUCUUUACGUCCUGUCGGAAUUUCAAGAACGCCGUGAACACGGCAAGAGUCGCGCCGAUUAUAUCGAUUGGUUGGUCCGCUUUGCGGCCGAAUUGCACGGAUACAUUCCCGAAUUGGUCCGCUACUUUUGUACCAUGUUUUCACCCCCCGAAGCCAUGGAAUUCUUGCAAGCAUCGGAUCGACCCCGUCCAUUGGUCAUUCGCACCAAUACACUCAAAGCGCGGCGCAAAGAUUUGGCGGCAUCCCUCAUGAAACGCGGUGUCACACUCGAUCCACUAGCGCGUUGGAGUAAAGUGGGGCUGAAAAUUGUCGAAUCGCCCGUCCCGAUUGGUGCCACACCGGAAUAUUUGGGCGGAUUGUACAUGUUGCAAAGUGCCGCCAGUAUGUGUCCUAUAUUGGCAUUGGAUCCGCAACCCAAAGAACGCAUUUUGGAUGUUUCGGCCGCGCCGGGAGGCAAAACCUCGUACAUGGCCCAAUUGAUGCGCAAUACCGGUGUCAUUGUCGCCAAUGACUUGAAAGCGGAACGACAAAAAGCUACGGUCGCUAAUCUUCAUCGAUUGGGAGUUCACAAUGCCAUGACGUGUUGUCACGAUGGACGACAAUUGGGAAAGAAAUAUCCCCAACGAUUCGAUCGGAUUUUGUUGGAUGCACCCUGUUCUGGGUUGGGUGUCAUUAGUCGCGAUCCAUCCGUCAAGGUGCAACGGACGAUUGAAGAUAUCAAGAAUUGUGCUCAUUUGCAAAAGGAAUUGAUCUUGGCGGCGAUUGAUGCCCUCAAAGUGUAUAGGCCGGGAUGCGAUAAGAAGAGCAGCAGUGACAGUGGAACCAUGGUCUAUUCGACCUGUAGUGUCGCUGUCUAUGAGAAUGAAGAAGUCGUCAAUUAUGCGUUGCAAAAGCGAGACAUUAAGAUUGUCGAGACCGGGUUGGAGUUUGGCAAACCUGGAUUUGUUCGAUACCAACAACAACGGUUCCAUCCCUCUUUGGCACUCACUCGACGAUUCUAUCCUCACGUGCACAACAUGGAUGGAUUCUACGUUGCCAAGAUUAUCAAACUCAGUGACCGCAAGCCGGAAGACACCUUGGAGCCAGAAGAAGAAAACGAGGAGAAAGCAGCAGUUCCCACAAACAAUGACAAGGCGAGCAGCAAGAAGAAGAAAAAGAAAAACAAGAAGGUUCUUGGCAAGAAGCGCAAGGGCGGAGAUGAGGAGGACGACGACAACAAGGACACCGAGGAGGAUCAAGCCAAGAAGAAGAAAAAGGGUGCCAAGUUCUCCGUUCCACCCCCCAAACCUCAGCCCAAGGAGAAGAAAAAGACAAAUGCCAAGGUGACCAAGCCCCGAAGAAAGCGGGCUGCCACCGAUGCUUAAACUACCUUAUCUAUAGAAACCUGUCUACUUGUAGCUUGAGAGGUUUGAAGAGUCCGUUUGCGUUCGAGGAGGUUGAAGAUCUCGAAUGGGUAGGUUUGCCGUAGAUGCCAACUGAGCUACCAGGUACUUACAAACGAAGGCCCCCUCAGGACUGGCCGUACGAUACAUUGUGUAGUGCAACUGCUAGCUAGAGCCAGCCAUGGGCAAUGGUCAUGGCCCUGCAUGUACAUGUAUAUCAUUCAAAAACCCAAGCAAGAGUAGCUGUAUCUCUCUCUCUCUCUCGAUGGUGGACAAGGCAAUUGACCCAAACUAGUUGACUGGGCCGUUACAACCAUUGCAAUCCCAACCUAAAUGAAGUCCUGUCAAUUGAAAUUGAAUCAUUCUAUCGCAUUACCAUGCCAAGGAGCAUGUUCGUCUCUUGGAAUACCCGUACAAUCAUCUAUUCUAGGCCGGUACCAGCUUGCAUCCUCCAAAGAUUGCAAUCAAGACCAGAAAAACUGCUACUCAGCCAUUUUCUGUCACACAGUUCCCAAUUCUUCAUUUUGAUGCUGUUCUACAGCAUCGUCUGAGACUUGGUCAGUCUACAACUCUGGUGCUUCUAUAUACUUCAUGGUGGCUACUGGUAUUUUGUAGUGGCGUUCGAGCCACCAGACAAUGCGGGAAAACGACCGAACGUGGUCAUCGACAAAUUUCUCUACUUGUUCUCUGGAUUUUCGUUUUGCUACAUCGGGCACAGUGUCGUAGAACUCAACCAACAACUCAAUUUUUUGGUCUCUUGGCAGAGCUUCCAAUUGAGCGGAUCGUUUCGACAAGCAAUUGCUCCGGAUGACAUACUCAUCUUGUUCCAAUAUGAUACAGGAGAAACCCUUACAACAGUCUGUCUCAACAUGGCAAGCAUCAAAUUCAUUGGAACAGGCGGCACCGCGAAGAGCUGGUACCACUUGUGGCACCACCGUCAAGAGCAGCAGCAGAAAGGAUCUCAUCAUCGUCUCGGGCGUCAGUGAACCAUGAGUUUGGAC